CAAGAAUCCAUCAGCCAUCGCCCGUCCCUCUUCCUCCAGCACCCACCGUGCAUCUCGCUCCUCGCAUCCGCCUGCCGCGUCCGUUUGUCUCAGGGCAGCACUCUCCGCAUCCCACCACCACUGAGCUCCCUCUGGUCUUCUUGGUCUCGAACAACCCGCCCUAUCGUACUCGACACUUUGGUCGCAUCGAUCGCAUCCGGCCACUCCCUGCACACCCAACGUGAACCCUCUCAUCUCAAAACACGACCAAUGAGCUCCGAUUUCGCACAUGCUAUCUGCAAAAUAUCCGUCGCGCAUCUGAUCUCCCAGAGCGGAUUCGACAAGUCGUCGUCCCAGGCGUGCGAUCUGCUCACGGAGAUCCUAGAUCGCUACCUGAUCCAUCUCGUCGCGCGAUGCAAGGGGUUUGCCGAGAUGGGGCAGGGCGAUCCCAACGAGAUUAAUGCCGUGGACGUAUCCAAGGCAUUCGAAAGUAUGCGGCUGGAUUUCACAAAGCUGGAAGAGUUCCUGGGCACCUGGAAGCUGGCCAAGGCCAAGACGGCAACGAAAGGAGCCAUCCAUCUCGACCGUGCCGAGGAGCCCGACGUGCCUUCGGCUUCUGCUCUUGCGCGGGAGCCGCCAGCAUUUCCUCGGCUGGAGCCGGCAUCUUUUCCUAUAAACCUCGAGCUGGCCCUGUGCAAGGAGAGGAGACUACCUCCAUCACUCGCCGCCUAUUUGCUUCAAGACGAAAGUGAUGGGCGAUGUCCGUCCAGCCAUCACCCGGGGGCCGAUGAUUCUGCAAUCACCACGGCUUCGAUCCCUCCGCACUUUCCGCCCUUUCCCGAUAUCGGUUCUCUGGAACCCUGCCCAACGUCACCCUCGAAAACACUGCGAUCCUCUUCAACACAGGAGAGCACACCUCCCGCCGAGCCCAGCGCCUCCUCGGACCCACAUACACAUUAUCCUGCUGCAGACCAAGAUCCCAACCGCAAACAGGCGCUGUCGCUUGCAAAUCCAUAUUCGCACACUAUACCGUUCUCUGGGUCACAGCUUUGCUCAUUUGGGCGGCUAUACGAGCGCACGACACCGACCCCUCUCAAUUCGUUCAGCACGCAACCAAGCACCGCGACGGUCUAUCUGAGCCAACUCCUGGAGACCGCCAUCCUGGCAUCAUCGCGACCGCAGCCCUCCCGAGCCGUGCUUCCAAAUGCGACUGCAUGUCGGCUGCUUGACCACCGCGCAACUUCUGGCACUGGCAUCGGCGACGAGUGCACUAUCUUUGGCGCCGAUGGCGGGACUGCCGAGAAAGGCGUUUUGCAUGAACUUCUCAAGUCCUCGGCUCUACCCUAUAUACCACAACUGCUGCUAGAGCACCCACCUGCGCCGCUGAGCAAAUCGUCCAAAGCAAAGAAGACCAAGGAGGCGGCCAAGCCGAGUGCUGUGCCAAUUAUCGCAGCGGCGCCUCUGGUCAUUCCACCGCUGUCGCCUCCUCCCAUACAGGCGGUCAAGAGGAAAGACUCGGACUUUUCUGCAAGCUCACCACCGCCUCCCGCAAAGGAGAAGAAGAAGAAGCGCAAGGACAGCAUCGGAGUCGCCAAGGGUGAUCCAGCCUCGACUGGGGCUCUGGGGCACUCGAGCAAACCUGGCGACUCUGCCGAAUCCGUGCUUCUCGGCAAAAAACCCGGGUUCUCUGAUGCGCUUGAGAUGCAGCCAUCCGCGCGAGCCAUGGAGCCGAUUUACACAAACGACGACUUGGACGGCCUGGCCUCGGGAUCGAUGGCUCCAAAGAUCAAGCUCCGAUUGAAUGUAGCCAAGUCAUCAUCAACGACUGCUAGCCGCGAAGGCGACGCCGACAUGCUGUUCUCUGACCCCUUCCAGCCAGCUACGAAUGGCGAGGCGGACUCACAGGAAGCCGCCGUACCGAACAGACCCGCAGCAACAAUAUCCCUGCUGGGCCGCCCCGUCCGAGCGGACCCCACUACUAUGCAUCCAAUGUAUAUGAAGGAAAACGAUGUCCCGCGCAACGCCAUGAUUUACCCGACUCCCGGCACAGCCCCGAGAUGAGCACCCAACAGGCGCAUCCACCAUCGUCCGCAGACACGCUCGGGCCUCUGGAGCUUCAGCCAAGCCUUAUCCCCAUCUCCGAAGUGGGCAGCCAGCACCCCGACGCACGCGAAGAUGUAAUCCGCUGUAUCUGCACCAGCCCUA